UGACUUGGCAUACAGCAGCGUGUUGUUUUGGACGAGAAAAAUCAAGAAUCAAAGCAGCGUCUGCUUCCCAGGGGAAGAGAAGACAGAACUGCACUUUCCCUCUUCACUCCUUAAAAUCCUGAUUUAUAAUUGGCUGUUUCAUCUGCCCCAAGGCAGACCUCAUGAUCUUUGCAACAUGAGAUUUUUUCGAAAUCGGAAGAUGUUUUUGGUUCCUUUCCUGUUUUUGGGCUUCGUGGCUGCAUUCUACCGAUGGAGCCUGAACAGUGAUCAUCAGAGCAGAUUACAGGACGCCAAAAGAUACAGGGACAUAUACUUGAGAUUUUGGCAUUAUCUGUGGACUUGGAAUCCUGCUCUCUCUUAUGUGCGAAAUGAAGGAUGGAUGAAAGACCAUCUUACAAACUCCAAUGACACAAUAGUGGAUGCUCAUUCACAUAUGAACAAAACACCUUGGAUCAAAGCGCUGCAAAACCCUGCAAACUCUCCCUCAGAAAUAGAUUUCUUGGGAGACGAAUAUUCAACUGAUGACAUGCCACAAACUACCUGUCCCAACAGCAUCCGGAAAAAGGUGCUGCAGACUGACUUUGCUGAGAGAUUCUUGUUCAGUGUGCCAGUCCUGCAGUGGGCGAAACAUUUCUCAAAGCCAGAAUAUGAGCGGUUAUCCCACUACACUGGUGCCUACGGAUGGGGUGGUGUCAGUAUCGAUGUGUUGAAUGAAACAUUGGCCAUCUUAAACGCUUCUGCGAACUGGCAGAUGUUUGACGAUUGGGAGCAGAGAAAGAACCGAUCACAGUGUAUUCGCUGUGCUGUGGUUGGAAAUGCUGGAAUCCUGAAUGGGUCAAAGAAAGGCUUGGAGAUUGACCAGAGUGACUAUGUGUUCAGGACAAAUGGUGCAGUUAUUAAAGGCUUUGAGGAGGAUGUUGGCUCACGGACCUCUUUGUACACCUUCUCCACUAACACCUUACGCAACUCUCUUUCCAGCUAUGCACAUGUGGGCUAUAAAAGUGCUCCACAGAGCACGGAGACCAAGUAUGUGUUCCUGCCUGAUCAUGACCGGGACUAUAUUCUCGUGAGAGCUGCAGCCAUGCACAUCCCAAUCACCCAAGGGAAAGAACGGAGUUCGAAGCCUCCCCAAUAUUUUGGAUCGAAUGUAACUGUCGAGAAGUUUAAAAUGCUCCACCCUGACUUCAUCCGUUACCUCAGAAACAGGCUUCUGCGUUUAAGCAAAUUUAGAAAAAUCUACAGGCCGUCUACAGGAGCCGUGAUGCUGCUGGCCGCUCUUCAUACAUGUGACGAGGUAAAUGCCUAUGGAUUUAUGACACCGGACUACAAACAAUACUCAGACCAUUAUUAUGACAAAAUACCACGAAAGGUGCAUUUCUACGCCAACCAUGACCUGAAACUGGAGUUGAAUCUGUGGCAGAAGCUGCACAAGGCAGGACUGAUGAAGCUCUACAUGCGAACAUGACCCCAACUGUAACGAGCCACAUUGGACUCUGUGGAGUCUGAUCCGUCUCAGGACUUUGAAGUGUUAUUUGCUGUAGAUAAAAUUCCUGUGAUGUUUUGGUGCCUCUGGAUUUGGUCUGUCUCACAUUAAAUGUAAUGGUAAAGGAAAA